AUGCUAGGAAGGGAUGGGAGAGACCUCGUGUCUGCGCCAGUGACAUCUACAAUAGCUGGUGAUGAUGAAGCAACCAAUCUGUUCAGACCCGAGUGCCUUUCUAAUUCCCCCCAGCACGCCAAGGCCGUCAACGGGUAUGCCAAUGACGAUGAUACUUCGAGUGGUUCUUGGGACGGCCCAGCUCUCACAAAACCUACUACAUCUACGGGCUGGCGAGGGCCCUCCCGCAGCAGCCUCAGCUCUGGCCACGGUGCCUCCAGCAUCUCAACAUCCACGUCAGAGGAAGAAGGAGCCCCAUCCCUGAGCAGGAUCGCUAGCGGCCAAAAGCCGCGCCCUGGUUCUUCCCGCGCCACGUCCACCGGCUCUCAUAGUCAACCGCAGCACGCUUCCUCGCUGAGCAUAGAAGGGACGACAUCCCCGACCGAGACCGGAGGCGAUCCAGCGGAGACGGGCGCGCAGGGCGGCAUUCCAGAUCAGCAAGACAGACUAUCAAAUGGCGCGACGGCGGGGAUAGUCAUAGCCGCUAUGACGGUCCUACUAGGCAUCAUAUUCCUGGGACGAUACCUGUACAAGAAACGCCGGCGCGAGAGACGGAGAUGCUGGCACGACGACUCGUCGGGGAUAGGACCUUACCACAGCGACUCCCGUCACGACCCGCCAGCGCCAGCACCCCGCACGUCCGUGUUCGAAGACGCCGAGCCUUCCCAGCUGAACAGCUGGUUGGCACACCACCGCCCGUCGAGGAGCAGGGCGCCGAGGAGCUGGUCAGGGUCUCCGUCUCCGGUGGAGGUCCAGCCGGAGAGUGUGGAGCUCCGUUCCUACACCAGACCGGCACGCCCGAAGCUGUUUGAGGUCGGGAGCCCACCCAUCCCGGGAACUACUGGCGAACCUUCGAAUACCAGGAACUAUGCCGAUCCCGUCCCGCAGCAGCAGCAGCAUCAGCACCUGGGUGUGGAGGGAGAAACGAGAGGUCGGGAGGCUGCAGCACCGUUGAGGGGUGGGCACCGGGCGGCCGUGCUGCCGUGGGAGGAGGGACCUCGGCCGGACAAGUGGGCGGCGUGGUGA